GAAGUUGUGACACUCGGAGCCGAAAUAGGAGACGGACAGAAACCAGGAAAUAAAGAGCAACAACAAGAAGAGCGAUGGCUCGAGAGCCCUGGUUAAUGAAAUAUGAUUCCACCUGCCAGCUAGCACAGGAAAUUGCUGAAAGUAUUCAUGAACGUAAUAGACAGAAGAGGACAGGAGGUAAUCCUUCAAAGCUGAAUGUGACAAUUCGGACAUCUCUACAGAGGCUCCAAGAGCAGAUUAGCCAGUUGAAAGAUUCUUUGUUGCGCAGUUUGUCGACACGCCAGAUUACACAAUUUGAAGCAGACAGACGUCAAAAUUUGGUGGAUGAUUUGUUAACGAGAGAGCGACAACUUCAGACUUCGUUCAAGAAUGAUGGCACAGAGCCUAACGUAAUGAGGUCUAGCCUUAUGAGUGGAGAUCAAGGUACAGGUCCUAUCAACCCUUGGUUAAUGGAAGAGUCAGAGGAGACUAAGGACCUUGAUUUUCAUGAAAUCAAACAUCAACAGCAGAGGAUCAUACAAGAGCAAGAUGCUGGCUUGGAGGCUCUGGUCACAGUGAUAGCCAGACAAAAGCAGAUGGGUCAGGAUAUUGGAAAUGAACUAGAUGAACAAAAUGGACCAGUGGUGGCCACUUUACAGUUUUCUGAAAGAUGCCCGGACUGCCUUAGACUACCCCAGAAUGAGAUCAUUGAUGACCUGACGCACUUAGUGGAUAAAACUGAUUCCAGAAUUCAGCGUGAAACAAGACAUGUCAAAUUGGUUGAUAAGAAGUCAGCCUCUUGUGGAAUGCUGGUGGUUAUUGUGUUGUUGCUGAUUGCCAUUGUUGUCGUUGGUGUCUGGCCAACAAGCUAAUGAAAGAAUACUGGCAUCAAACUGACUGGUGAAUAUGGAUUGGAUGCUGAAACUGAAAACUGAGCAACUUGUUCUUCAUGAAAUCCUGGGAUAACAUUUGGGAUAAGAAUCCCUAAACAAGCAAUAGAAUGUUUAAAUGUGUUUAUGAUAUUAUUGUCUUGCUCUUUGAGGUUCAUGAAAAAAUGGAUUGAUCAAGAUCAAAAGAAAACUCACAGUAGAAUUCCCUUCCUGAUUUAAUUUCUGACUUGAAUUCAGAGAUGCGGGUUGAACUCUUGAGUCACUAGGAUAAUGCAGCAGCUAAGGCCUGUAAUUAAUAUACAGUUUUGAGCAUUUGCCUCUCAAAAGUUCUUCAGUCUGCAUGUACAUAUAUUUUUUUCUUUACAAAGAUUGAGGGAUUCUCCAAAGUUAAGUAGUUUUUUUUCUUUGUUUCCCUUAUUGAAACAGAAUCAUUGUAUACAAGUUGAAUGCCGAUAAAUGUUUAAAUUAAAUAUAUUUUAGACUUGUUCUAAAUAACUAACCAAUGGCAUGCUUAAAGCUAUUCUAACUUGUUUUAUUAAUUUGUUUUUCCCUUCAUUUUGCUCUGUUUCUGAUUAUAAUUUUACUCUUGUGUAAAGGAGGUGGACAUGAUCAUUUUAAAUCCUCAAGCAAUCUUGUUAAAUAAGGCAGUUUCUAUUGGCUCACGCUAUUACUGUGCUUUCCCAGGGAAAAAGCUUUUCUCAUUGCGUGUGGGGUCACUGAAGGGGCUCUCAGUAGGGCACAGGGAGUGUGUGCUGUCUCACUGCCUGUAAACAGUGUUGCUGUUCACACGCCUUCAUGAAAUUGAAACUUAGAACAAAUUGUUUUCAGUGGGGAAAUUCCAAUCUAACAGAACAUUAAUUACAAAUGAUUUUCUUAUGAUUCACUAUCUUUAUUGUCUUCACUUACAUUAUGCAUUCAGUUUUUAUAAGCAUUUGUUCAAAGUAUUUGCAAUAUUGGUCUAUGAAUAAAUAUUUUUUAACUCUC